AUGGGUCUCCUCACCUUGGUCGAAGACCGACCGACUCCCAAGUCAGUCUACAACUGGCGAGUUUACUUCUCCGCAGCUGUUGCCGGAUCUGCAGCAAUUAUGAUUGGCUAUGAUAGUGCAUUCAUUGGCGGCACUCUUGCUCUUCCAGCUUUCAAGGAAGAGUUCGACUUCGCUUCCCUCUCAACAACGAAAGUCAACCUCCUCACGGCUAACAUCGUGAGCUGCUAUCAGGCAGGCGCCUUUUUCGGGGCUUUCUUUGCAUAUGCCGCUGGUCAUUACCUGGGGCGGCGCCUUGGACUGAUGUUUGCGGCCGGGGUUUUCACCCUCGGAGCUGGCCUAAUGUUAGGUGCAAAUGGCGAUCGAGGACUUGGCCUUAUCUACGGAGGCAGAGUGCUGGCGGGGCUAGGGGUAGGAAUGGCUUCUAAUCUCUCCCCAAUUUUUUGUGCAGAAAUCGCUCCCCCUGCCAUCCGUGGACGGCUGGUUGGUCUCUACGAGAUGGCGUGGCAAAUUGGAGGUCUAGUGGGAUUCUGGAUCAACUACGGUGUUGCAGAGACGAUGGCACCUUCUCACCGCCAAUGGAUCAUCCCCUUUGCCCUUCAGCUUGUUCCAGCAGGUCUCCUGUUCGCAGGUGCCUUUGUGAUCAAGGAGUCACCUCGCUGGCUCUUCUCCAAGGGACGUCGCGAAGAGGGACUUAAGAACCUCUGCUGGCUGCGUCAACUGCCUGCAGAGCAUAUUUAUAUGCAAGAAGAAGUCUUUGCCAUUGACAAUGCAAUCGAAGAUCAACGUGCCACGGUUGGUCUUGGAUUCUGGCAACCAUUCCGCGCUGUCAUCAACGACCGAAAAACCACUUAUCGAUUCCUUCUUGGUGGCUCUCUCUUCCUUUGGCAGAAUGCCACUGGUAUCAAUGCUAUAAACUACUACUCUCCGACCGUGUUCAAAUCUAUUGGUAUCACCGGCACCAAUACCUCACUUUUGACAACCGGUAUUUUUGGCGUCAUCAAGACCGUCAUCACGAUAAUCUGGCUCUUGUUCCUUAUUGACAAGCUCGGCCGUCGCUUCCUCCUCAUCUGGGGUGCCAUUGCUGGCUCCCUCUGCAUGUGGUAUAUCGGCGGAUACAUCGCGGUCGCCAAACCCGCCAACAAUCCCACUGGAAGCCUUUCAUCUGGUGGUGUCUCUGCAAUGGUUUUCUUCUAUCUAUGGACGGCUACGUACACGCCGUCAUGGAACGGGACUCCCUGGGUUUUAAACUCCGAGAUGUUCAGUCAGAAUGUUCGAACGCUGGCACAGGCGUUCGCCGCUGCUAACAACUGGUUUUGGAACUUUAUCAUUGCACGAUUUACACCUCAAAUGUUCGCAACAAUGGGCUACGGCGUGUACUUCUUCUUCGCUUCGCUCAUGCUUUGCGCCGCUGUCUUUGUGUUCUUCCUCGUUCCUGAGACGAAGGGUGUUCCUCUCGAAGCUAUGGAUCGCCUUUUCAGCAAAGAAUACCCCGCCCGCCACGCUCACAAGCAAGUCCUUGCCACUCUCCGCAUUGAGGAACAAGAUUUCCGUCGUCAUAGCAUGGAUUAUACCGAGAAGGCUAAUAUCGCUGUUCAGGGUGACCAUCACGUGGAGAAGGUGUAA